CUCUCUCGAUUUCACCCCUCAACCCAUAGGCGGUGAGCUCGGGGUUGGAUUUCAAGUAAGCCAAAGGGAGCUUGCAUUUUUCUAUUUUCUUCUUUUAAUCCAAAAAAUAGAUUAUUUGUGUAUUUUCAUAGGAAUCCCUCAAAUCUUACGCAAGCCAUGCAAGGAAGAUGACGGCGAGUGUCAAAUCAAUUCUGCUAAAUCGAAGGUUCCUGACACCUUUCAUCGUCUUGUUCUUGGCUAGCAACUGUGGAGGGGAAUCUUCCACGUGUUUGACGGUUUACAAAGAAGGAGGGGCUCCAGCUGUGUUUCAAUCGCCCAAAUGCCCUCGUUGGAAUCUCCAGAACUGGGGUUCUCGUUCUCGCACACGCAGUGGAGGUGCUCGUUGCCAUGCGGCAGCGAUACAAGGUCGUAGGAAAUACCAAGAGGAUCGUCUUCUCUGUGCUCUUGAUCUUCGGAUUCCCUUUCCCGGCAAGACUGGAACAAAGGAUGUUUUGGUUGGAAUCGCAGCAGUUUUCGACGGACAUAAUGGUGCAGAAGCCAGUGACAUGGCUUCAAAACUUCUAUUGGAUUAUUUUGCCUUGCACAUCAACUUUCUCUUGGACGCAACGUUUUCUGCCAUGACGAGGAAGUUGAUUGGAAGGUUACCAACUCAAGGGGAGCACAGUGUUAUUCCGCAUGGCGUAACUCUGGAUGAAAUCAUUCAUCUAUACAACCUGGAUUCCAAAAUGCAGUUGCGAGACUCGCUGCCGCUUAAUUUCGAUGAUUCUCUUCACUUGGAUAUUAUGAAGGAAGCAUUGCUGAGAGCCAUCCAUGACGUUGAUGCCACAUUUACUAAGGAAGCAUCUAACCGGAAGUUGAAUUCAGGUUCAACGGCUACAAUUGCACUUACCGUAGAUGGUCGACUAAUGGUUGCCAGUAUCGGUGACUCAAAGGCACUUUUGUGCUCUGAAAAUUUUGAGACUCCAGAAGAAGCUAGAGCUACUUUGGUGAAGUUGUACAGAGAUCGAAGGCGCAAUCAAGGCUCUUCACCGUCAAGGUUCUCUGACUUCAAACUGGAGCAUAGCAAUGGACUAUUGCGUUUGAUUGCCAAAGAACUGACAAAGGAUCAUCACCCAAAUAGAGAGGAUGAAAAAAAUCGUGUUGAAGCUGCAGGAGGUUAUGUCACUGAGUGGGCCGGUGUACCACGAGUGAACGGUCAGCUGGCUGUCUCUCGUUCAAUUGGUGACCUUAAUUUCAAAAGUUACGGUGUCAUCUCUGCACCUGAGGUGAUGGACUGGCAGCCUCUAAUGGCUAAUGACAGCUACUUGGUAGUGUCAACUGAUGGCAUCUUUGAGAAGUUGGAGGUGCAAGAUGUAUGCGAUCGUCUGUCGGAAGUAAACAGUCAAACUAGCUCUGGAGCCGAAGUGCCUUCUUACUGCACAGUUUCUUUGGCAGACUGUUUAAUUAAUACUGCUUUUGACAAGGGAAGCAUGGAUAAUAUGGCUGCUGUUGUUGUUCCUCUAAAAUCUAAUCUAGUUUCUCAGCUCCAACGGAAGGAGCAGAGUAUGAGUGACAACAAAGAUAAGAUUGAUUUAGCAUUGCCGAGUAACACCUGUGCACUGCCAUUGCCUAAUGAUUUCAAUUCGGGUUCAUUGAAAUGGAAGCAGACUCAACCAAUUGCCACCAUGUUUAACAGGUUAUUGGUUGAAGUUAAAAACGGAAGUUUUUGCUGCUUUUAUAUGUCAGAGAACCUUAUUGGUGCGUCUCAAGGGCAAAUGGAAUAUUUGAACGGUUACAUCGGUGACUCGCCUCAGGUUCUACCUGCAUCUGCCGAGUCAUUCUCUGGCUGGUGUUUGCCUUCUGGAACGGCGAUCAACGAGAAUCGAGAUCAGUGCAUCAAUCCUGACAGCUUUGCUACUUUCCUUGGGUUACUUGAAUCUGUACCCUUACAUGGUUUUGGUGCUAAUAACGGGACGGAUGAUAUUUCAUUUCCAGACUCGAGCUAUGUGCUGAAGAAAAAAUUCGGGCGCGGUGCAUUUGGUGAGGUGUGGUUGGCAUUUCACUGGAAUUGCUAUCAAGGAAAUAACGCUACUAGUUUGAUCCAAGAAGAUGAGAAUAUACCAAAAAAUGGUGUUCAUAUCAAUGGAUACGCUGAAAACGUAACUAGCAAUGCAUCUACAGAUCAUUAUGAUGCAGAUGUUCUUGAUAACUCCUUCAUUUUGAAGCGGAUAAUGGUAGAGAGAGGACCAACUGUCUAUUUAAGUGGUCUCAGGGAGAAGUAUUUUGGUGAAUUGUUUCGAAAUGCAUACAAUAUAAGCGUGAGCUCUACUGCAGCGCAAACGUCAAGUUCUCAAUCAGCGUCAUCAGAAUUGGAUCUCUCUGAAGAGGGUUUGAAACAUAUUGCGAGAUACAUAGAGUAUUUUGAAUCUCGAUAUAAUGACAUAUGGCUUGUGUUUCAUCACGAGGGUGUUUCUUUAUCAAAGCUGAUGUACACUGUGGAAGAAGCAGAGAAUAGCUCUAAUGGGGAAAAGGCUGAAGAGGCAAGUCAUGUGCAGAUACUUCGUCCGUCAAAGUGGUGGACCUGGUUGAAGACGACAGAAUCAGGAAAAGAAGAAAUGCGGAGAAUAAUAUGGCAGUUGUUGCUGGGUCUAAAGGCCUGUCAUGAUCGCAAUAUUACUCACAGAGAUAUAAAACCCGAGAAUAUGGUCAUGUGCCUUGAAGACAUCAAGUCAGGCAGAUGCUUAAAGGGUGUACCAAAUGGAGAUUAUAACUUCAAAACUAAAAUGCGCAUCAUCGACUUUGGCAGUGCACUUGAUGAAUUCACAAUGAAACAUUAUUAUGGGUCAGCAGGUCCUUCAAGAGCAGAACAAACUCAUGAUUAUGCACCACCCGAAGCCAUUCUGAACAGCAGCUGGCACCGGGGACCAACCAGUUUGACAUUGAAAUACGAUAUGUGGAGUGUUGGGGUUGUGAUGUUAGAGAUGAUUUUGGGAUCACCAAAUGUUUUUGAGAUUAGUUCUGUUACACGUGCCCUUUUGGAUCAACAUAUCAGAGGUUGGAGUGAAAACUUUAAAGAGCUUGCAUACAAGCUUCGAUCCUUUAUGGAAAUGUGCAUCCUAAUUCCAGGCAGCUCUUUAAAACAUGGUGGCGCGAGCACAAAGCAGGGUGGGAUUUCACUAGCGUCAUGGAAAUGCUCUGAAGAAUUUUUGGCAGAACAGAUAAGGAGUAGAGACCCUCUUAAGAUUGGGUUUCCUAAUGUAUGGGCUUUAAGGUUGGUGCGGGGUCUAUUACAAUGGUACCCUGAGGACAGAGUGAAUGUGGAUGAGGCUCUGCAGCACCCUUACUUCCAGCCUCCUCCCAGUUCCUAAGGUUUGCCUUCUUCUGUUGAAAUUUGAAGCAUGUAAUGUGGAGAAGACGGAGUUGAAGUAUAUUGUUAGAGAGUUUCAACUUACCACAAGUCAUAUCUACUACUACUCUUGUGGAGGCUUUUCCUGUUUGUAAAAAACCUGGAAAUUCUUAUUUCCUUUUGUCUUGGAAACUCAUUGUGAUAUUGAUGUAAAUAAUUUGGGUAAGAAAAAGGAUGAAUUUGGUGGUUUA